CAACUGUAAAGCUCUGGAGGCUACAGGCUUUGCUGUGAGAGUCAGCGACGAUGAUUGAUUCCUCUCUAAGCUCCUCGGGUGCCAAAGUUGUCGUCGCUACAUGCAGCGAUGAGAAUCACCCACCAGAAAACAUUACUGACGGAAACAGCAAAACCUUUUGGAUGUCCACCGGAAUGUUUCCUCAAGAGUUCAUCAUUCGCUUCGCUGAACCCACCAAGAUCUCUGCUGUGACAAUGGACAGCUACAAUGUCAAGCAUCUAAAGAUAGAAAAGAACACCUCACAAAAUGCUUCUCAGUUUGAGCCUGUUACAGAGAAAGAAUUUGAACACACAGAGGGACACCUUCAGUCAAAUGCUAUUUCACUAAACGGAAGCAGUGCGACCCACCUUCGUUUUAUCAUCACCUCAGGAUAUGACCACUUUGUCUCAGUGCACAGAAUCAGUGUGCAAAACUGACAUGCUUUUUAGUUGUGAAUUAAAGGCUUGUGGAAUAUUUUUGUAUAAAAA